CAACUGCUUUACAUAAGCAAGGUCACCCCGCAAUCUCUCUUCAUGUUGCCCCGAGCCGUCGCCUUAGCUGCAAAGGGAGAGGCGAAGCUCGCCAAAUCACUUCCCAUGCUUCCCGCAGCCCACCACAUCACAUCUUAUAACACGCCCAUGUGUCCUUUUGCAUCGUGAGCCUCCUGCCUCCAAACCACUCGCCAUGGCACCCCCAACAGCCCAGCAUCGCCGCAACGGCGAUGGGAAAGUCUUGUUUCUCUAUGCCAUCCUCGCUCUGAUAGGCCUAUACACUAUGCGUAUCGUGACCUCCAUGACCAGUAACCCUGUUGGCUUCAUGGACAUGUUCGCGUCUCGCAAGCUGCCUGAUGGCACCCCUCUCAAGACAGACUAUACCGGCAUUAAGCUCAUCGACACAGGCUUGGCUUUCUUAGUAUCUGCAUUUGUAUUCGGUCCCCUGCGAUCGAACGAGGCCUACUACUGGCAGCAAAUCCACUUUUUGCCUCAGCUCGCGCCCCUCAUCGCAAUCAUGAAUGUUGAGGCCUGUCGAGACGGGAACCAGGGUAAAUGGCUGACAUAUACUGCCAUCUGGGCAUUCUUUUACCAAAAUGUCGGAGGCUCUUUCGUCAUCACCAUUUGGUGGAUGUUGUUCCAUUACCAAACAAGUCCCAAGUCUUACUACCAAACCGGAUGCACGGUACCGCUGGCAUAUGCUCGGGUCAUGUUACCAGCAAUCGUAUUUCUGUACAUCAUUCCCACCAUUGCCAUUUGGUACCCCGCAGACAAAAGCAUCUCCACACUGCAAUCCGUCUUGGCGUUCUGGCAAUUCACCCCCAUAUUCGUCAACAUCCCGCUCUGGCUCGUCUCCCUUACCAGCUCACUAAACACAACCAACCAAAAGAAAAACGCCGACGUGUUUCAUCUGAGGAUCAUGUACGCGGUUUUAUUCUUCUUCUCGGUAGCAGUGCACUGGUAUAGCAUCUACGGAAUCUCCGUCUCCGAACAUCCUGAUGCAAAUUACGCCCGUGUCUUCAUCCCUAGCACCUACACCUGGAGCAAGGAUAUUCCCUGGGGCUUGUUGUGGAUCUUCCAAUGGGAUUGGAUCGUUAUUGGCAUCAUGUAUAUUAUCCCUUCUUGGGUCGCAGCCUGCGACGUCCAGCGGAUGAAGAAGGGCGAAGCCUCACUAGAAAACGUCUUUGAAAGCAUUCUUAUGAUCAUGACAAUUGCCAUUGGCGGUGGUCCAGGGGCUGCCCUCUCAGCAGUUUGGUUCUGGAGGGAGGGUAAUCUGGCCGCGAUUGAGGGUGCAUCGGCAGUGAAGAAGGGGCAGUGAGUAGAUAGUAUGGUGAAAUUCCACACGGUUGAAGUGACAAUAAAACCACUGGUGGAUCAGGAGAUGGAUGACCU